CAGAAACACGCUGUUCCAAAUCUUCCAUCAAAACAGAUCUCAAGUUGCAUGCUGAAUUGUAUUCCUUGCCAAUCAGCGAAGAAUAGUAUAAUAGCAAAUCUGACUCUGGAUCCAGGCACAGCUCAUCCCCAGCUCUACGUAUCUCCUGAUUUGAAAAGCGUGAGAUGGAAAGACAUGAAACAGCAAGUGAACAGCAGUCCUCUGAGAUACGACCUCAUGGCCAGUGUCCUCAGCCACGAGAGCUUUGCCUCUGGGAAGCUUUGCUGGGAGGUGGAAGUGGUGGAGGGGGGAGAGUGGUGGGCGGUGGGAAUAGUUCGGGAGACGGCAAACAGAAAUGACAAAAUUGUCCUCGACCCUAGUGGGGGUUACUGGGGAGUGCAGCGAAUUGAAGGACGGUAUGAGGCGAUCACCCAUCCCAGGACAAAUUUGACAUUGUGCCAUCCCCCGAGAAGGAUCCGAGUUUCUCUGGACUAUUCACAAGGCCUCGUGUCAUUUUUUGACGGCGAUACAAAUGCUGAAAUCUUUGCCUUUCCGAAAGCAAAUUUUGCUGGGGAGAAGGUUCACGCUUGGUUCUUGAUCUAUAAGUGGAAUGGGCAGCUUGUCCUCCAUCCAUGACCGGGUGGUCCAAAGGGCUCAUCACACUGGAAGAGCUUCAGACCACCUGCCUCAAGCUCUCCUCCACUCCUUGUGUUUCUCCAUGCGCACCAUGCCAUGGGCGUCUUCGGUUCCCUUUGUCCUUCCUUUCCCCUCUUUCGCAGUUACAAAUGCUUCCUCCAGAACCACCAAGGUCUCAUCUAGAUCAACAAUUUCCUGAACUGCAAUAAUUAGCUAUGUUUCAAAAUAAAAAUUUCCUUCUAACUCAAAGAGCUGGAUGAAUAAAUGAU